UGAAUUGUCUAGUUAGUAACAGUUAUUUGCUUUGCAGGCUGAUUUAAAUUGUUAACGGGUAUAUUUGGUGAAUGUUGCCAAGUGAACUCUUUGCUGCAUUGUUGUCAUUCAUGAAGCCUAAGAGAGUUGUGAGCAGGAUUGAAUCCACAAUGAGCUAACCAGUUUGGGAGGGCUAAUGCUAGCUAACAACUGGAGCAGUAGCAGUAACGUUAGCGUAGGACCUAUGCGAAAGGGCCAGAUAUCGUGAGGCCGUAUAACCAUCUCUCUUCCAUAGAAAUAGCAGUGAUCCCAAUUGGAUAGAAAAACUAACUGUAGGUAACGUGGCAAAAUCUCUCUAUUUCAGUUAUUUUGUCACGCACAAAUACACGUGACAGGUCUGCAGGGUGUGUGAGCAACUUUCCAUUCCGAAUUUUCGUAGCAGCCCCAGUUUCAUCGGAUCCAGAAGUAGCUAAUAACGUGUAACGUUCAUGCAGAGCAAUCCAACGGUGACCUCACAGAGCCGUCAGAAGGAGGACCCAAGCGCACUAUAAGGGGAGUGGAAGGAGGAGGUAGCCAUGUUGGAAGAGGAUAUGGAGGUGGCCAUCAAGGUGGUGGUGGUCGGCAACGGUGCUGUGGGGAAGUCCAGCAUGAUCCAGCGCUAUUGCAAGGGCAUCUUCACCAAGGACUACAAGAAGACCAUCGGGGUGGACUUCCUGGAGCGCCAGAUUGUAGUCAACGAUGAAGAUGUGCGGCUGAUGCUGUGGGACACAGCCGGACAGGAGGAGUUUGAUGCCAUCACAAAGGCCUACUACAGAGGUGCCCAGGCGUGCGUGCUGGUUUUCUCCACCACAGACAGAGAGUCCUUUGAAGCCAUCAGCAGCUGGAGAGAGAAGGUGGAGAUAGAGGUGGGGGACAUCCCGACUGUCCUAGUGCAGAACAAAAUUGACCUCUUGGAUGACACAGUGAUAAAAAAUGAGGAGGCCGAAGGUCUCGCCAAAAAGCUCAAGUUGAGAUUUUACCGGGCAUCUGUAAAGGAGGACCUCAAUGUCAAUGAAGUUUUUAAGUAUCUGGCUGAAAAAUAUCUUCAAAGACUCAAGCAACAGACAGCCGAGGAGCCUGAGGUUCACUCAACAAGCAAUAAGAUUGGAGUUUUCAACACGACAAGCGGAGGACACUUAAGCCAGAACUCUAGCAGUCUGAACGGACGCGAGGUCAUCAACUUGCGACCGAAUAAGCAGAGGACCAAGAAAAGUAAAAACCCUUUUGGUGGCUGCAGGCUGAUUUAACAAGAUUCCCUUCUCUUUCUAAAAAAGAAAAAUAAUAACAUUAUAAUAACACUAAUAAUCCUGUCUUGGCUGCCAGGUCAGAGAGAUGGAAGUCUUAACAAAAGCGUGGCUUAUCUAUAGAGACUAGUUUAUUUCCUGACCUGACUUGCCAUUAAGAAUGCAAUGAAAGUGGAGACAUCUCUUCAGUAAACCGGAAGAUGUGGUGACGGCCUUCAUUUAGAUCAAAAAGCAAAAACAACCUGGGGGGUAUUGCUUUCCAUUUUAACCUAUUUAAUCUAGCAUUGCUAGCAUUGACUGUAGUCUGCUUCCUAGCAUUGCUGCUAACCUACUCCACGUAUGUCACAAUUCUCCACCUCUUUUGCUCUUUGUGAAUGAGCAGCAGGCGAGUCCGGUUGUCUUAGCGGCAGGUUGGGAUUCUGUCUCCACCUGGUGUUUGCAAAUGGUACUGCAUUUUAGAAAAUAAGUCUGGCCUAUCUAUGAUGGUACACAAUGAAGUGCACAGUUCUGAUAGGUAACCCAAGUUGUGCUUUACUUGUGGUCUAGACCAGGGUAUGAUUCUUACACAUCAAUGGGACAUAGCUACAUAUGUAUGUAAAUUCUGCCUUUUUUUAGUUUUCUGUUUUUUUUUUUUAUUAUUAUUUGAAACAAAUGACCUAUGUGCAUUUGACUGCUCAUCUGUGCAAUAUGUUUGUACUGGUAGGUAUACUAGGCUAAUGGCCAUAAACUUUGAGCAGGAUGUUAGCAUACGACUGUGCCUUAUUCAAAUACUAGAGAUCCAAAGGUCUUUAAAAGUUUAGCUUUUUCCUAGUAGAGUAGCUGAUUCUGCAUGCUGUGUGUCAGCGGCAGUAACUUGGGACCAAUGACUGGUUGAUUCCAGUUUACCCGACAAGAAUCCCGGAAAAAAAACAUUUAUUUUUACUGAGACGCCGGAGAAAAAUUCUCCGAAAGAAAAACAGAAAGGGAUCAGUCUCCUGCUAAAUUCUUCCUCUAAGUGUAUUGCUGUUAGCCCAAUCAAAACACUCCAGCUCCAUAGUAUUUCAUUUGCUUUUACUGAAAAUGUAAAUGUUUGAUAGUCAUAUAUGGUACAUAUCACGGAAGAGAGCCACCUGAUGAGAAGUCAUCAGGUGCACUUUUCUCCUAAAGGUAUUUUUAUAUGAAUGUUGUUGGUGUCUCUGAAAUAUAGUCAGACCAUGAAUUGCCUGAAACUUCGCAGGAAAUUCCGUGCCAAAUAGCUUUGAAAUGAUUCUAACUGUUUAAUAUUAAUUGUAUAUAUUUUAAAGAAUUAGAAUAUAACUGAUAGGUAAAUCCAUAAUUAUACAGAAAUACUAAACAUUUGUUAUACAGGCAUGAAUGGUGAGUUGAAGUGUGUGGUUAGAAGUAGGGCUUAAAUGAUCACCCAAGGUGUGGGGACCUGUUGCACAAUGUAACUUCAGCUGUAGGAAGGCACGGAAAGCAGUCAAGUCCUACAAGGUACUUCCAUUGCACUUCAACUGUAGUAAAAAUUCAUAUCAAAUAAUUGAAUUGAUACAAAACAGAGAUACCUUGGUGCUAGUUUGCUUCUGUGGUCACCCGCAAGCUUCACUAGUAACCAUUUUGCCGCCCUGAGUCUACGCUCAAACAGGAAUUUAAAAAGUACAAUCACGUCUCAUGUCAUGGAAAUAUUGUGGAUUGUUCUGUUACACAUACGGUUUACUUGUAUCCUAUAUUUGGAACAUUAUUUUGACAAGUUGAUUGUUCUAAGAAGAAAAAUGUAAAAUUCCAGAUGCUUUUUUUUUUUUUUUUUUUAGACCUCUGAGUGUAUAUUAAUGUUUAUGACUUGUGUUGGAGAUGAAAUCAUGCCUAUCCAUGUACCAUUCUUUUAGUUAGUCUCUUGGUUUUUAAGGUCAGCGAAUAUUCUCUCAAUCAUGCAUGCCCUCAAAAGUGGGUUGUACACUGUUACAAUUAUUUGCGUUUCACACAACACUAACUGAGACCCAUAGAAAACCAAGUAGAAAACUACAGCUACAGUAUGUGUUCACUUCUCAUUCUCAUGAAUUGCCUUGGAUGCACCUAAUGGACUUGAGUGUAUGAAGUAUCUUUGUAAACAAGCACACAAGUACAUGUACAACAGUGUUUUUGGUACUGUCAUUGAAUGGAGUGUUUUCAGAUUAUGGUGUGAUUUCAGGAAUUGGUUAGGUUAUUAAGCAUUUCAGCAUAAGAUCACUACUUGCUAAGAGCACAGAGAAAAUACAGUUUCCUUAUGUGCCUGUUGCAUUGCACAUAUUGAACCCGAGUUUGGGUUUUACUUAUUUUAGUUCAUAGUUUUAACAUAACUGUUUAUUUGAACAUGAAAGACCCAUUCGUCUUAAACCAAUUCAUGCCUGCCUUACAUCUAAUGCCUACAGCACAUUUCCUGUGUAAUGUAUGUUUACAUCUUCUUCAUUGAAGUGUGGCUGCUUAUUUUUUUGUUUUAUUUUGCCCUAACUCAGUUCCUAGUGAAAACAUUCAUGGUGUGCUAUUUCAUUAUUUUCAUAAUUGAGACUAUGUUGAGAUUAAAUGAACAAUAAAAGACAUUAAGGAAACGCCUA